AAGUGGAUGCUUGAAUUGACUCUUCGAGGCAUGUAACGAGCUUGGCAGCGCCAUCUGGUCGUAAGCCUUGUGAACGACAGACCGAAGUCGCAUGCCAAUGACGUGGACCUGAUCAGCAUCGAGGAUGCCAGAUGGAGCAUAAAAAAUUAAAACUCUUUGGACAUCAUCCAUCCUCUGCUGCUGUAACUUCACCACAGGCAUCGACAAACCAAACAUCAAGAGCAAUUUCGCGCCGACACCCAACCACUUCUCCUACACAUAUUCGCAAUUAAUCUCACCUGGUAAACAUGCACAUCACCGUUGUCCCCGCCUCCCCCAAGACCGGGCAGGCCACCAUCCGGAGCCUGCUCGCCGACGCCCGCAACCCCACCGUCAGGGGAGUCUACCGCGACCUGGCCAAAGUGCCGGCCGAGUUCAAGUCGCACCCCCGCUUCGAGGCCGUGCAGGGCAGCGUCGAGGAAGCAUCUUCGCUCGACCUCUCCGGCUCCGACGCCGUCCUCAACAUCACUCCGCCGCUGUACGUGGAGGAGAGGGACAUCGUCGCGCACGCCCGGCUCGUGUCCGAAAACGUCAAGGCGGCGGUCCAGAAGGCUGCGUCGGUCAAGAGGCUGGUCCUGCUGUCCAGCGUGGGCGCGCAGUAUGACCACGGCACUGGCGAGAUCCUGACGAACCACGAGGCCGAGGCGGUCCUCAAGGAUGCCGCGCCCGAGGUCGUCUUCGUCCGGUGCAGCUACUUCAUGGAGAACUGGGCCCCGGCGGUUGAGACGGUCCGGGACGCCGGCUUCUUCUUCACCACCCUGACACCGCUGGACAAUUCCCUGCCGAUGAUCGCCGUCCGAGACAUCGGCUCAGCCUGCGCCUCGGAGCUCCUCGGGACAGGCACACCGCUUCCAUCCACGCCCUACGUUUUCGAGCUGCACGGGCCGCGAGCAUGCACCUCCGUGGACGUGCAAAAGGCGCUCGAGGAGGUGUCGGGCAAGAGCGUCGAGAUCCGGCAGAUCCCCAAGGCCGGGCUCGCCGAGUUCUAUAGCGCUGUGUUCCCGCCUCGGAUUGCCCAGCAGUUUGCGGAGAUGAAUGCGAGCUAUCUGGAGGGCGGCAUUUUGUACGAGGAUCCGCAGCCUACGGGGCGUAUCAAGUACGGAAAGACGGAACUGGUGGAUGUAGUGAAAGAAAUGUAUGGGGCUUGACGAUGCGGCUGUACUCCGGACGGUUGUUGAGACCAUGCCGGCGCCGCAGCGCCCGAGAUAUGUCUGGAUCUCAUGGACUUGCGAGUUGAGUGGCCUACGGGCAGGCACUGCUGGGUGUAUCGUCACACAUUGUCCCAGACGGAGUACAUUCGACUGAACUGCUGUUGAGCGGCGGGUGAGGGUCGUAGUGAGGGUUAUUCUGUUUUCCAGCAAUGAGGGACAACUCACGGUGCCGCCUGUAUUGAGGGUAGCUCCAAGAUGCCAUAGCUCAGAUUCCUUUGGGCAGAGAGAAAGUUUGGCGCAGGGGUGGCGAUAUCGAUGGCCCCGGUUUUCUCGACGUCAUCGCAGCAGUCCACAACCAAAUCAGGAACUGUUUGUGUGCCGUCCUUCGAUUUG